AUGAACUCACUGGAAAGGAAGCUGAAGCUACUCAAUUAUAACCCCGUGGACAUAGGAAAGGACGAGUUUUACUAUAUGAUAUUAAAAUUGGAAGAAGAGAAAAUCCGCCUGUAUAAACCAAAGGAGAGGGAAAAAAUUAACUACACCAAGGAGAAAAACUACAUCGAGCACAUUUUGAAAUACCUAAAAAAACUGAACAUCAAUGUGCGCAAUGUUAACAAAACGAAUAUACACGAGGUAGGUGUCAGGACGUACAUCCUGAACAGCCUGACCACGUUGGCUUUGAUCGAUGAGUAUAAGGACCUCGUGGGCUACGACGAAAGUUGUGGAGGGCAGCGCGGGGAUGGCGUGAAGGGCAGCCCUGACGAUCACGUGGGAAACGCCCAAGACACCGCGGGCUACAACGCCCCCCUGCCGAACCAAAGCAUAAUUGCAAAUUUCUUCGAAUUGAAUUACUUGAACAAAGUCCAGCUGGAAGAGCAGCAGAAACGAAGAGACAAUCUCAGAGUGAUAAACGAAGGGAUUAACGAAAUAUUUAAAAAGUGUGACAUCCCUUUACUCGUGUGUAACGAGCAGGAUGAUGGUGCCAAGUCGAUGUGUCUCAUCCUAUCGGCACUACACGCAAUUAAGGAGAAAUUGAAAAAUAAAAAAAAAACAAAUAACCCUCAUUACGAAAGCUUAUUUAAUUUUAACAUAAAGUUGACCAACACCGAUUUGAAGGACUUUGCUUACAUCACGAGGUAUUUGCUUAACAGUGUACUGAAGGAGAGAGAGGCCCACCUAAAGGGGGUGCUCAACGACAUCCAGAUGUUAACGUACAAUCCGGUUGUAGACAUACGACAGGGGAAAGUGGGCAGGUGA